AUGGGGCAGAAAAAACUCGAAGCAGGUCCCCAACCUGACGAAGUCCAGAUCUCGGACUCGGAGGAGAUCCACAUGAAUUUGAUCGCACUGAGCUUCAACACUUCGGAUAGCUGGGUGGGUAUUGGAUCCAACAUUCCACUCGUACUUGCCGCGAGAGGAAGAGUCUCUCUUCUAUAUGGGACCAUUGUCAUUUCUUUCACGAUCACUUGCACUGGAGUCAGUUUGGCAGAGCUGGCCAGUGUCUACCCAACAGAAGGAGGACAGUACCAUCUCAGCUCCAUCAUUGCUCCGAAGCGACACAGCAAAUGGAUAUCUUACUUUUGCGGGUUGCCCGGUGUUUUCUCCUGGAUUGCGAUUGCGGCAUCGAUCGGUCUGAUAGUUACGGAGUUCGUCUUUUCUCUGACCAUCAGCUACAACCCGGACCUGCAGACCAAACGGUGGCAAUAUUUCCUGCUAUACCAGGCUGUGCAGUUGAUAGGCUUCUUCUCGAUCGCCUUGUUCAUCGUUGUUUCUAUUAUUUGCCCAGUUCGCUCGUCUUCUCGACCCGAUACCAGCCAGGUCUGGAUGCGAUUCAUCAACAGCUCAGGAGGAUGGUCAAACGGCAUUAGCUUUCUGACGGAGCUAUCUACUCCGUCAUAUAUGCUGAUCGGAAUUGAUGCGACGAUGCACCUUGCUGAAGAGUGUCUGGAGCCUACUCGUAUCAUUCCGAAAGCUAUCAUGUCGACCGGUAUUGCGGGUAUAAUCACCGUUUUUGAAUUUUCUGUGGGUAUGUGCUACAGCCAGUCAAAUGCCAGCAGUCUGCUUGAAUCUCCGAUCCCGUAA